AUGGCUUCCAACGACCAACCGCUGUCGGAUGCUUCCAAGGAUGAUCCCGUAUCAGCCGUCGCCGUAUCGCAAGAACCCCAGCCGCCACAAUCACAACAACAACCUCCACCACCACCACCACCACAACAAUUACUACAACCCCAAGAGUCACAACAACAACAGCAACCACAACAACAAACUCUCCCUCCAACCGAAUUAAAUGCAAAUUCACACCCCAGCAAUCCCGACCAAGUUUCACAGGAGAAUACAGUGUCUACGACGGGGACGAUUCCCGGGACUGGCAAUGAUACCCAGACACCAGUCGCCACCGCCCAACGAACUGACGGAGAUGCCCCCAUCGAGUCGAACGAGGCCAAGUCCGCGACUUCAGGCGUCCAGCCGUCGUCGCCGGCAUCUGAUGCCUCGGUGAAAGAGACCGAAGUGGAAGAUACGGGUCCAUCGUUGCUGAUUACGCUCCUCCUCAUCACCGGCUCACGGCACCCGCUCAGGAUUGACGGCAGCUACCUGCGCAAACGCUCCAUCAAUGUCGAGAAUGACGACCCGUUCGCCAUGAGCGUCUAUACGUUGAAAGAGUUGAUCUGGAGAGGAUGGAGACAAGAUUGGGAGACCCGGCCGUCCUCCCCCAGCGCCAUCCGCCUCAUCUCGUUUGGCAAGCUCUUGGACGACAAUGCCCCGUUAUCAGACUCCAAAUUCAACCACGAUGCCCCCAACGUGGUGCACAUGACAGUCAAACCUCAGGAGAUUGUCGACGAGGAAGACUCCAAAGGCGCCAAGACUACUGGAUAUGCCCGGGAACGCGAGGCUAGCGAACGCAGCCCAUCAUGUCGCUGCGUGAUUCAGUAA